GCUCCAGAAACACUCUUACUGCUCCCUAUCAUCCGCUUGCUGCCAUAGAGAAGAUGGUGUCUUGCCGUGCCUUGCGGGUCUUGGCUCUCCUGGGUCUUGCCAUAGCUGUCUGUAGUGUCAGUGCAGCCCCACAUCCAAACCUUCAUCUGAGGCAGCGAAAUAGGGCUACGGGGAUGGGGACACAGGAAUCACCCAGGUACUCCCUGGAUGACCUGCUCCUGCAGCUGGCUCAGCCUGAGAGAGAUGUCCUGGAGUAUGAUGAUCAGGGCGAGGCCCGGCUUGAGCAAGAGAGAUCCCUGGAGUUAGAGAACGACCCCAGCAAGGGCCUGCCCCCCCGGGAACGCAAAGCAGGCUGCAGAAACUUCUACUGGAAAACAUUUACAUCAUGUUAAACAUUAAAGGAAAAAAGAACUUCUCUUAUCCCUUGCCUUAGGUCUAAAUUCUUGUGAUGUGAAGUCCAAAAUGUAACAAACUUGUGAAUGAAAAUAAGGGCUUUGUAUUUGAUUAAUUACAAUGCCUGCAAUGCUUAGUUCAUGUUUCUGAUUAAAAAUAUAUAUAUUUAAAAGGAAAUCUAUUGGGUCUAUUUUAAUGAUUUAAAUGGCGACUGAUCUUAACACCUCCACCCUCAAAAUGUUUAGA